UUUCAACAUCCUGCUUAGGAAACAGCAGUGACCAAUAUAAAUAAAUUUUAGAUAUACUUCAUUAUCCGAUAAAUGUCUGUACCUCUCUAACAUGCACUUAUGAAUUAUCAAAUCUAAAUUACUCGAACCAGCAACCUACCUUCAUUCAUUUUACAUGUAUUUUUUCCAGUUCCCCUUAAUACAUAACUCUGGCUUCAUAUGCUUAAUGCAUAAGAUAUCAGAAAACACACAACUCCGACUGCUGUCAUAACUGUUCUUACGUAACACGCAGCUGGUUGUCAGUGUAAUGGAAGUUCAAGAAUGCAUCAUAAAUUAAAAAAGAAUGAUAAAGUUAUUAUUUUCGAGAUACAGUACUGAAAAUUUACUGAACAUUAUUUUUAUUACGCUGGUGGUGUAUCUUAAUCAUUCAAUAACCACUUCAAAGUUCAAGCAUAAACAGGAAAACCUGUUUAUGACUUGUAGGGGAAUUGUUUUGUACCAGGAUUUGACGAACUUAAAUUUGUCCAGGCCAAUCUCGGAUAAAUCUAGUGAAACGUCUGGUCAACCGUUUGAUUAAUUCUUUGUAAUUCUGGAAAUUAAUCAUGAAAUUUCAACUUAUGCUAACUGUUUUGUGGUGUAUAUGGCCUGUAUCCUUUCUAGCAAAAGCAGAAAUUUAUAAUGAAACGGAUGAUGUGAAUGUUUCAAGUGUUCCGGCCGUCCCCUACCUUCAGUCAUCAAGUUCGAAUAAAAUUUCGCAAAGUUCGUCCUGUUUUAUAGGAUUCACUACAAAUGAUCUCAGUGUUUACUUCAUUUUUUCUCACAUAGUAACACCAGUUAUUUUUGGUUUAAUACUAAUUAUUGGAUUCGUUGGUAAUUUAUUUGUGAUGAUUGUUGUUUUGGCCAAUGCUCAAAUGCGUAAUACUACCAAUAUUCUUAUUUUCUCACUCGCUGUAGCUGAUAUGGCAUUUAUAGUCAUUUGUGUUCCAUUUGCAGCAGUUGUGUAUGUUACUGACAGAUGGCCAUUGGGAUUAUAUGUGUGUCGCAUUUAUUAUUACUCAGCAUACGUUUCUGUCUACUGCAGUGUUUACACUUUGGUGUUGAUGAGCUUGGACCGUUUUAUGGCUGUAGUUUAUCCAAUCCAGUGCAUCAAUGUACGUUCACACCGAAAUACAACAAUUGCUGUAAUCAUAACCUGGACUGUAGUGCUGGUCACUAACAUACCAUUGUUUGUUGGUGCAGUUUUAGUGAGAGGUCCACCAGGAGGUGGAGAGAGUUCAUGUAUUACAGAAUACUGUACAUAUUCAGGGUUGGUUAGCAUCGAUGAGCAGACUAACAUUGCAAGAGACAAUCCACAUGGGGGACGAAUGUUCUUUCUGUUAUUCUUUUUGUUUGGAUACUUAUUUCCGUUCAUUAUUAUCUGUCUGCUGUACAUCUUCUUAAUACUGAGACUGCGUUGUGGGCCAUCAUCUAAAAUGGCGCAUUCAGCAGAAUCUCAGCGUUCAAAGAAGCGUGUCACUCAUUUAGUUGUAACUGUGGUUAUUGUAUUUGGUAUUAGUUGGCUACCAAUUCAUGUAAUCUUUUUGACACAAUACUUCGCAGGGGAUCCAGAGACUCCUUUGUUUAGAGUUAUGCAAAUUUUAGGAAACUGUUUGGCUUACGGAAAUAGUAGUAUCAACCCAAUAUUGUAUGCAUUUUUAUCAGAGAAGUUUAGAACUGCUUUCUUAAGACUUAUUUGUAGUCGUAAAUCAAAUCAAAGAGAAGAAAGAUUGAAAGGAAAAAGCUUUGAUAAUGCAACAGCUAUUGCUAUGUGAUGAUAUAUUGAAUGAAUUCAACAUAUUCAGUGAUUUACACAAUUAUCUUUACCAGAAUUUUCAAGUCAACUUUCUCAGCAAAAGUCAAUAUGAAAUGUACCAAACAGUGAUAACAUUCCCAAGCUGCAUGCUUUUUAAAACGCAUAAAACUUGAAUUAAUGGGUACUCAUGAUUCUAAAACCUUUUCUUGAAAGCUUCAUACAUUCAUACAAUGAAGCCUUCAUGGUUCUGAACGACAGAUAAAUGUGAAUGUGUAGAGAAUUAUAUUUCAAAGAUAUAUGAAUGUUAAGUAUUUAAUUAACUUUCAUCCAAGGGAACUACAUUCAGUAUUAAUUCCUCAUUCAAAUGCAUCAUGCGAAUAUCUCGAAACAGAAAGCAAACUUUUGUAAAUUAUUUUGGAUAUUGUGGAACUGUAAAUGCCUGCAAACUGAAAAAAUGUAUCAACUUAUAAUAUACACCUGACAUACAUACAACUUGAAUAUCGGUGCAACCUUUCAAACUGGAAUUUGUAACACGAGAUUUCAUUGAUAUAUUCGCACUUGAGCCAUUUUAUUCAUUCCUGCUAAACUUAACGCUUUCUAUUUAUUGUAAAGAAUUGUAAAUUUUUUCAUAAUAUGGUUAACUUUUACGUUGUAACGUUUGUGUCAUAAACUUUAAUGCAUGUGAACUAGGUUACUUGUGGAUAGAUAAGUGAGAUUCAGUAUUUGUUACAAUAUGUUAUUUUCGGAUUAUGUAAGAGAUCUUAUAGUAACAGUAUAGUAAUGAAAGUAAAAAGCCUAUUCCCAAGUUUGAUAUCUUCAAGUUACCCUAAUAGCUAUACACGACACGCAUAUAUCAGCUAUAACUUUGUUGAAUAUUAUUGCUCAUAAAUAAGUACACAUCAGAUUAAAAAAGUGA